CUCAGUCCAGCUGACACACGGAGACUCGCAAUGGCACAGACAGGUCAGGUGGAUGCCUCCCGUAUGGUGGUGCCAGCAUUGCUCAUGGUGGGCUGGAUCGUGGGCUGUGCUGUGGUCGUCUACUUGGUCUUCAACUAGGUGGAGAAGGAACCCCGAGACUGAGAAGAGAAAAUGGACAAG